UUCUAUAAAUCGACUUUCGAAUAAUCGAACAAUCGACUUUUUGUCGAAAAAAGUCGAAGUCGACUAUAUUGUUCCAAUAAAGUCGAUCAGCCUUAUUUAUAAAAAAAAAUUAUUUUUGGUUUAUUACCUUUUGUAGUUAUUAAAGCCUUUUCGUGUUAUAAACUCUUAAUAAAAUAUAAUAUUCAGAAACCUUUAAUAUAUAGUUUAUUAGUAUAAAACAUUUUUUCAAAUGUUUGGUAUUUUUACUGGCAACACUUCAUUUUUUAGUUGUCAGUUAUACAAUUUUGAAAUAAAAUUUUCAAUUAAUUCUUGUGAAAAUGGAAACAAAAGAUAUUAAAGAUAAUAUAAAAAGGAAGCGUGGAGACAAUUGGAUACCUGAAGAUAAGAUUUUAUUAAAGGAUCUAAUAAAGGAACGUGUUGAUCAAAUAGAGGACAAGAAUACGGACACAAACACCAACCAAAGGAAGAAAAAAGUAUGGAUGGAACUGCAAGAAAAUUUCAACAAUUUAUGUCAAGGUUGUCCACGUUCAUUGCUUCAACUGAAAUCGCAGUGGACCACAAUGAAAAUUCAAGCAAAAAAGGAAAUGAGCGACUAUCGUAGAGAGAUUCUUAAAACUGGGGGAGGACCAAAACCAGUUGAAUCUACAUUAUUGGCCAACGAACUUAGCGUUUGGUUACCAAAUGAGUUCGUGGUUGAUACUAAUGAGUUUGAUUGUGAUGCUAUUAUUACUGAGAUAAAUACCAAUGUGUUAAAUGAAGUCAGUCAAAGUAAUUCUGCAAACUCGGAAAAAGUUGAUUUAUCUUCGGUACCAGAAGAUAAUGUAACAGUGAAUAACAAUGGAACAAUGUCGGGACAAGAAGACAAUGCAGCAGUAAAUAUUGUUAGCUCGGCUGAAAUAAAAAAUGAAUUUACCUCAGUAAAGAAAAAGAAACCAAAAACAAAUAUGCACGACGAAAAAAUUAAAUCCAUUGCUGAUAUAGAAACGCAAUGCCGCAAAGAGCUCCACAUUCUGCAAGUUGAAAAUGAGAAAAAAAGAGGUCUAAAUCUGGACCUAGAAAAUGAAUUGCUCAGAACCAAAAUAAUGAUUAACAAAAACAAAUUGGCUGAUUGGGGAAAAAUGCAAGCAAAAGAAAACAGUUUAAAAUAAAUGAAUUGUUUAUAUUUUUAACAAAAUGGUAUAAUUUUUAAUUAGCAAUUAAUUUUUAUUAAUAACUAAUUUAAAUUUGUUAUUGUUAUUAUUUGUAUGCAAUUAAAAUAAAAAAACUUACUUAUCAAUUAAUAUUUUAUUGAAAUAACUAUAUGAUUUUCUUACCUGGUGU